GAAGCAGAUCUGAUACGAAGGAAAAUUACUGAAGAGAUGAAUGAGCACCUUACAAAAAAAUUCCACAAGGAGAAAAUUGUCCAAGCCAUCCACAUUAUGCAUCCGACAAAAGCCUCAGGACCCGACGGGUUCUCUGCAAGUUCUUUGCUCAUUGUGAGUUUUCACAUGAUUGGAAGGAUCCUCCACAUAACAUUUGCACCUAUUAUCAGAAAGGACUUUGUGCAUGUGGUAGUCGUUGCAGAUAUGAACAUGUUAAUGCUUCUCGAGGCCAUUCUUCUGCUUCAUCUUCAUCAACAAACGCACGCCAAAUGCAUGUCAAAGUUCCUGAAAGUGUCCAUUGAUUGCAAGCACUUUGAUUUUGGGAAUGGAAACUGCCCAUUUGGGAGUAGUUGCUUUUAUAAGCAUGCAUAUCGAGAUGGCCGUCUAGAGGAGGUAGUUCUACGUCAUCUUGGGUCUGAAGAUGGAGAAGCUGUGAUAGCUAAAAAUAUUAGGCUGUCAGAGUUCCUUGGUAACAUGCGUAUAAGGUGAACAGAUGCUGUAUUAUAGUCUAGAGAUAUCUAAUGAUAUGGAGAAAUCAUGCGCCACUUCAAUUGCUGAGUUCUUUUCAAAUGCCAGUGUGGCACUCCAGUUGUUUUUGAGAUUUUCUUGCUGGAGGGGACCAGAACAUGGAGUGUUGGGCAUGGUAUACUAUUUAUCAAGGUGCAUCUUCUAUCAAAGUAAUAAAAAUCGUCAUGCAUUUGAUGGGUAUGUUUGAGAGAGUUCUCAUCAGCUGUCUAUUUAUGGGAUAAUGAUUUUUAGUAAUGGACGUGCAAAUAGCCGUGCUGUUACCUAGCUGUAUGGUUCCCUCACCAACAGUGAUAUAUUUGGAACUGUUUAUAUAAUUGUUUUUUCUGGCUUCCAUUCUUGUCAAUAUGGAGCUGUGAUGACAUGUUCUGGGCAACAUUGUCUGAGGUCUUUUGUAUUCUAAUCUGAAUUUUCCUGCUGUUUGAGGACAUUGCAUCUUGCGGGAUGUAAAUGGGGUUAAGAGCUCCCUAAAAUCAAUAGCGUUUACAGACACUUAUAUCACUUGUUAUACAAUAUUAGCUUCCUCUCU